AUGGCCCAGAACGAUAGUUGUCCGGAGGUUAAAUGGUGUUUUUGCUCUGAACUAUGUAUUCUAUAUCCAUCUCUAUUACCUACAACAAUCCUUGCUCUUAUUAUUGGUCUUUACACUUCAAAACAAAUUUCAAAAUUAAUAUUUCCAACAGUAUGGUAUUAUAAAUUGACAUUUUUUAUGUAUGGUAUAAUGAUGACAUCAGCUGGAAUCUUACAUUGUAUAGUCGGUGACAGUCAGAAUUCUGAACCUCAUUGGUUAUCCACAUUGCGAUUAAUUUUAUCAGUUAUGGAUGUUGGAUUAACAUCAAACAUCGCCAUAUCAUUUAUGUUUUGUGGUUUAUGUGAUUUAAAUGUAUUAAAUCCAAAAUUAACAUUUACAAAAAUUUUAGUUCUAUUCACAUUUUUACUUAUAUUUAUUGCCUGGACAGUGGCUAUAAUUGAUCAAUGGCAAUAUGCAGUUAAAAUUUUAUACGAUUAUACAGUUGCAAUAUGCUGUUUCAUUUAUUUAAUUACACAGUUAUUAUUGAAACACAAACCAGGUGUGCUUUCACCCUUAUUUAUUAGCGGUUUGUGCGGUUUCAUUGGUUUAACAGCAAGCGUUGUAUUUGCUAACGAUAUAUGUACAUGGGAAGGUCCAUUUUGGGCACAGUAUUUUAGUGGCGAAUUUAUUUGGUUCAUAUUAUCAGAUUUAAGUGUAUAUUUCCUUUACCGUUAUGUCGUUCAAUCCCAAAAGCAAGAGAGUGAUGAAAAAAAUUAUAUGAAAAAGCAUGUAUCAGAUGAUUUUAAAUUUUAA